AGUUCAGAGACUAGCGACAUCAAGCCAUAAAGUCGCUACUUGUGUUGUGUAUAUGGGCGGGGUUUGAGAUUAAGAGUCACAUGCUCUACUACCGACUGAGCUAUUCGGGCACGGGCGCACUGGACGCGGGACAAAUAUUAAUCGUACCCUUUUCUUGUAACUACUUUCCACCAUAGCUUUUACCCUUCUCGGCAGGCGCUAGGACCCGGGCGGUGCCGCACAGAGCUUAUCGCUGUGUCGAUGUGCGGUGAUUUGGACCAGACCGAGUCCAUGUAUGUGAGCUAGCCUAGCGUUACCAGCAGCCCAACGCUCGAGAAACACGCUCAUUUUCAGGCGAGUCCAUCCAACGGUAACUUUCGCCGAGGCUGCUUCCUCUUCUUCCGCUCGAUUGCAGUCGGUCUUUAAGUUGAAGGUCAAGGUGGAGGCCAUUAUUUGAUGCGAAAGGGUGUAGAUCUGUGUCUGUGGUGACCGAGGGAGAGAGAGACUCUUACUAUACAAGAUGGAGUGUCAAUGGAAACCCGACGAGCAGGGACUUCAGCAGAUCUUACAGCUGCUCAAGGAAUCACAGUCCCCUGACACAUCCACGCAACGAUCCGUCCAACAAAAACUUGAGCAGCUCAAUCAAUACCCAGACUUCAACAACUACUUGAUAUUUGUGCUCACAAAGCUAAAGACAGAAGAUGAGCCCACUCGCUCUCUCAGUGGGCUCAUUCUGAAGAACAACGUUAAGGCCCAUUACCAGAACUUCCCAAAUGGUGUCUCUGACUUCAUCAAAAAUGAGUGUCUGCAGAAUAUUGGAGACUCCUCACCCCUCAUUAGAGCCACAGUGGGUAUUCUGAUCACAACUAUAGCCUCUAAAGGGGAGUUACAGAACUGGCCAGAGCUUCUGCCUAAACUCUGUUUACUGUUGGACUCAGAGGACUAUAACACUUGUGAAGGGGCUUUUGGAGCUCUGCAAAAGAUCUGUGAAGACUCUGCCGAGAUCCUAGACAGCGACAUGCUGGACCGUCCGCUCAAUGUUAUGAUCCCAAAGUUCCUGCAGUUCUUCAAGCACAGCAGCCCCAAGAUCAGAUCUCAUGCCAUUGCCUGUGUGAAUCAGUUCAUCAUCAGCAGAACACAAGCCUUGAUGCUACACAUAGAUCCCUUCAUUGAGAACCUUUUUGCACUGGCUGCUGAUGAGGAGCCAGAAGUGAGGAAGAAUGUGUGCAGAGCUUUAGUCAUGCUUUUAGAAGUCCGACUAGACCGUCUCCUUCCUCACAUGCACAACAUCAUUGAGUACAUGUUGCAGAGGACGCAGGACCAGGAUGAAAAUGUAGCUCUGGAGGCCUGUGAGUUUUGGCUUACACUCGCUGAGCAACCUGUGUGUAAGGAGGUUCUUUGUGGACACUUGUCCAAGCUGACACCAGUUCUUGUCAAUGGAAUGAAAUACUCUGAGAUUGACAUAAUCCUACUGAAGGGUGAUGUUGAGGAGGACGAAGCCAUCCCGGACAACGAGCAGGACAUUCGUCCAAGGUUCCAUCGCUCACGCACAGUUGCUCAACAACACGAGGGUGGAGACUCCAUCGAGGAGGAUGAGGACGAUGAUGAUGAUGAUUUGGAUGAUGAUGAAACCAUCUCAGAUUGGAAUUUAAGGAAAUGUUCAGCAGCUGCACUGGAUAUUCUAGCGAAUGUUUUCAGAGAUGAUUUGCUAUUGCAUACUCUUCCUCUACUGAAAGAACUGCUGUUCCAUCCAGAGUGGCUUGUCAAAGAGUCUGGCAUACUUGUACUGGGAGCCAUUGCUGAAGGCUGUAUGCAGGGAAUGAUCCCCUACUUGCCUGAGUUGAUUCCUCAUCUGGUACAGUGCCUUUCUGAUAAAAAGGCGCUGGUUCGUUCCAUUACCUGCUGGACUCUGAGCCGUUACGCACACUGGGUGGUGAGCCAGCCCCCCGACACCUACCUCAAACCCCUCAUGACUGAACUGCUCAAACGCAUACUGGACAGCAACAAGCGCGUCCAAGAGGCUGCUUGCAGUGCCUUUGCUACCCUUGAGGAGGAGGCAUGCACUGAGCUGGUGCCGUAUCUUGCAUAUAUUUUGGACACAUUGGUCUUUGCUUUCAGUAAAUACCAGCACAAGAACCUGCUCAUCCUCUAUGAUGCCAUUGGCACUCUGGCUGACUCUGUGGGCCACCAUCUCAACAAACCAGAAUAUAUUCAGAUGCUGAUGCCUCCAUUGAUUCAAAAAUGGAACCAGCUAAAAGAUGAAGAUAAAGACCUCUUUCCACUAUUGGAGUGUCUCUCGUCUGUGGCCACUGCCCUGCAGAGCGGCUUCCUGCCAUACUGUGAACCUGUCUACCAGCGCUGUGUUAACCUGGUCCAGAAAACACUCGCCCAGGCCGUGCUCCACCAGACUCAGCCUGAGUUCUGUGAAGCUCCUGAUAAAGAUUUCAUGAUUGUUGCUUUGGAUCUGCUCAGUGGAUUAGCAGAGGGUCUUGGCGGGAACAUUGAACAGCUGGUUGCCCGCAGCAACAUUCUCACUCUCAUGUACCAGUGCAUGCAGGAUAAAAUGCCAGAGGUACGGCAGAGUUCAUUUGCCCUGUUGGGAGAUUUGACCAAAGCCUGUUUCCAGCAUGUCAAACCUUGCAUUGCUAAUUUCAUGCCUGUUUUAGGCACAAACCUGAACCCAGAAUUGAUAUCGGUAUGCAACAAUGCAACAUGGGCCAUUGGAGAAAUAUCCAUUCAAAUGGGUUCUGAGAUGCAGCCAUACGUCCCAAUGGUUUUACAACAGCUGGUGGAGAUCAUUAAUAGACCCAACACACCCAAGACUCUGCUGGAGAACACAGCAAUAACAAUUGGUCGUCUUGGUUACGUUUGUCCUCAAGAGGUGGCACCCAUGCUACAGCAGUUUAUAAGACCCUGGUGCACCUCUCUUCGCAAUAUAAGAGACAAUGAAGAAAAAGACUCUGCCUUCCGAGGAAUCUGCACCAUGAUCACAGUCAACCCUGGUGGUGUGGUGCAGGACUUCAUAUUUUUCUGUGAUGCUGUAGCAUCCUGGAUGAACCCAAAAGAUGAUCUUCGAGAAAUGUUCUAUAAGAUCUUGCAUGGGUUUAAGAACCAGGUUGGAGAUGAGAAUUGGAAACGCUUUUCUGACCAGUUUCCCCUUCCACUCAAAGAGAGACUUGCAGCCUUUUAUGGAGUGUAGAUGUUGCUGGGUUGAAGAGCUCAUUCACUAUGGGAGAGGAUGGAAACCUCUAAUACCCAGGGCAUUUGUUGUCCUUUACCUGGGGGGAAGGUUGGUCUAGCAGGGGUGGGAACCAUACGGCCCACUGGACCCCUCUAGACGGGGUGGGAGGGAGGUGUUAGCUGUGGUGCUAGUUGACGAAACCACGCCAAGCCAAACCAAAACAGGGAGGAAAGCUUUUUCAUCAUGUCAUAACAAUCAGCCAUGAGGGUGAAAACAAAAUACACUUAGCAUUCAUUCAUCAGGGCACUUAAUGUAACAGGACAUCCAGGGGACAAAAGACAAUGACACGAAGAUAUGUGUAAACUCUGUAAUGUUGCACUCCUAGGUCUGACAAAUGUGCCUGGAAAUAUUCUCUGAAAGCUUGAAAACAGAGUUUUCAUUUAUUUUCUGGAUUGUAAAAUAAAGAGGUUUUAGAGGGGUGGGGUGGAACUUAAAUUUAAAAUGGAAGCUAAGCAUUAGUCCUACGCAUGGGGUGAUAUAGGGUGUAGCUCGACUGCAUGAACGUGCAGACUGUGAUUUUUGUGCCAGAUAUGCACAACAGUAGACGGCAAAUAUUUAAAGACAAUAAAUGCUAAAAAAAAGUACCAUAUAUUUUAGACGCUGUCUGAAAGGUAGCACAACUUCAUAACAUAACCGUAGAAAUGUAAGCUGUAAGUCAUCAUAUCACUGAUAGCAAAACUGUUUUCAUAUUUGCAAAUUUGUGGCAGUCAGUAAAGCAAAAAAAAAAAAAAAUAAAACAUUAGAAAAAUCUGAAUGACUGCAUUUUUUAUUUAUAUUAUUAUUAUUUGUCUUCGUAAUCAAGUUAGCAUGCGUAAAGGAAGGUGGAAUUCAUUGUAGCACAGCGCAGUGAAGAGGUUCAGUCGCACUGUACAAGGCGUUUUGAUAUUCAUGCACUAUCUCCGUUUAGUGUGAGUGAAUGAUGAGUUUCACUGGGUUACUGUGUGGUUUGACAUGGAUCCAAACUAGCUAGUGAAUCCUGAACACAAAUUUUGUUAAUUUUCAUACAUAAUACAUCAUCGACUUCUUUUUGCUUAGUUUGCUCAGAGCAUGAUUUUGAAGAUGCUUGUAAUGUUGUUUUGACUGACUGGGUUAAUCUGGAUAUUUAGUUGUUUGAUUUGUGCAUGUUGGUGGCCCAAUGAGCAAUCUAUUUUUCUAGACCCUCAUACAGACUAGUUUAAGUAGUAAUGCAGUUUUCCACCCUUACACAAUAGGUGACAUUUCCAUCCACAUAUUCGUUUUUGUGGCUAGUUUUAUUUAGGGUAUUUUUUUUAUUUUUAUUAUUAUUAUUAUUAUUUUUACCUCCUGCAUGACAUUCAAAACGUUCCACAUUGUGUUGUCAAAUCCUGGACAGUCCAGUGCUUGUGGAGGCAGUAUUUGUGUCCCUCAUGUGCAUAGUAGCAAGCCUUAAAAAUGCCUGAAUGUAUCCCAGAGUGUGAAGAUUUUAGAGGCUACUGUUUAGGUAUUAAGAACUUUGUGGAUCAAGUCACUGCCACUUCUUUCUCAGACUGAGGAGACAUGUUCAUACAUACUGUAUGUGAAACCUCAGAGGUCCUUAUAGAAGUAAAAAAUUGUAUUUCAAGUAUAAGCUAAGAUCUGGAUUCAAGCCUGCUCUCAGUAUCUUGGGAAGCAGAGAUUGUCAAAUGUGAACUUUAAUUUAUAUUCUUGUCGUACAGGUGAAGAUCUGCACAUUGUAUUUGGUUUAUACAUGAUUCAAUUUUAAACUUUUACAAAGGAUGUAGGCACAAAAGUGUUUUAUUAUUUUAGAUCUGAACACCAUGGGAUACUGUCGGGUGUUUGUGAGUUUGUGUCAGUGUUGUGUUGGUGUAUUUCUGUGAGGUGUUCCCCCAAUCCAACCCCCCCCCCCCAAUUCCAACUGUUUUAUAAAGGAAUAAAUAAGAGAGGUCAGAGUAAUUUCAUGAUUUUUCUGACAUGUAUGGAAAAUGGUGAUGUUGAUGUUGGCAGAAAUAAUGAAUGUGUUAAGUGUGUUGUCUUACACUUAUUGCUGCUAUGUGUUGUUAUUUUUACUUGAAUAUUUUAUGUUGUAGCGACCUCGGGAGGUAUGUUUACUGUUGUUGUUUUUUUUACUGGUUUUAUUUCUUUUGUGUAUGCCUUUCCCCUGGUUCAGUCACAAAUGUUUAAUAAUAAUAAUAAUAGAGAAAUUCACUGUAACCCAUUCUGCUGCUGGUUAAUAUCCUUUCUAAUGGUCAUAUUCUUGUCAGACUUGUCUCCUCAUAAAGGAAUAUAAAGCAUUUUUUUUUUAUUAUCUCCCCUAAUUAAUAUAUCAAAUACAGUAAAUACACUCAAAUACAAUAAAUAGCUUACUUAAAUUGUGUAGUAAUGCGCAGAUUCAUGUGGGAUUAAAAUGAAAGGAACUGGCCCCUAUGUAUGUGAACAGUAGUUACUUAAAUUUAAAUGCAGUAUUUACUGUAAUGCCUUGAAGUUAGAAUUGAUUUUUUUUUUUGGGGGGGGGGUCAAUAUAGCCAUGACUCUUUGCACAGUAAUGAAUAUAAUGGUUUUAUUUUUAUUUUUUUCUUGUUUACUUUUUGUGAAGUACAAAAUGGAAAAUGUAAAUGUUGUUUCCCACCCCAGACUGCACCAACUGCUGUAUAGUUCUGUGUGGCAAUUUAAAAAAAAAAAAAAAUAAUGAAGUAAACCUUUGCUCAAAUGUUCCUUUUUUUCUGAUCCAAGAGCAAUUUAAUUUAUAAUGAUUUAGAAUUUUUAUUUUAUAAACUGAAUUUCAAGAAAGACAAACAUGUUGAAAGUAAUCAUUUUUAGGGGCCACCAAAUAUUUUGGAUCAUGCAAAGAAUAUAUAUUGUACUGUAGAAAUUUUGUAAUGAUAUUUGUAUGACAUUGUUAUGGACGCAAGUUUGUUUCACUGCUUGGAUCUGUACAUUGAUAAGAAUAAACCCUUUUCAAAAAUCA